AAGCGCUGAAUGGACACGAUGUGGCAUGUCCGCACGCUGUGGUUGUGGGCUGGAGUGGUCAACGCGGGGAGCAAUGGCGGCCCCGUCGUCGUGGUUGCUCCUGCUCUGUCUCGCCGGCGGCGUGCUUCAUGCCGGCGCCCAGAGAGCACCCGACACCACGGGUUUCGUCAGCGUCGACUGCGGCCUCUCGGAGCACAGCGGCUACGUGGACGACGCCACCAAGCUGCCCUACAGCUCGGACGCCGGCUUCACCGACACCGGCCAGAACUACAACGUCUCGGCACAGUACAACGACCAGGCGCUCCUCAGACGGCACCGGCAGCUCCUCACUGUCCGCAGCUUCCCCGGCCCGCCGGGGCGGCGGGGCUGCUACACCCUCCCGUCCUUCGAGGCCGGGACGUCCAAGUACCUUGUCCGGGCCACCUUCAUGUACGGCAACUACGACGAGCUCAACAAGCCCCCCGCCUUGGACCUCUACCUCGGCGUCAACUUCUGGAAGACGGUCAACAUCUCCAGGCCUGACGCAGUGCACACCGCCGAGGUCAUCGCCGUCAUCCCGGUCGACGCGGCGCAUGUCUGCCUGGUGAACACCAACUCCGGGACGCCCUUCAUCUCGUCGCUGGUGAACACGAUGUAUCCGCUGGUGAACUGGACACAGGGGCUGGUCCUCAUCGGCAGGCGCAACUCCGGCGCCACAGAGUUGAUUAGCCGGAGACGGAAACGACAGAUGGCAUGACCCCGCAAGAAGCGAUCGCAUAUGCACGCCUAAAAAGAUUCUGCUCUAGCAUCAUCAAGAAGCUCGCCCCACCCCUGCUCCACGAAGUUUCCGCGCUUCGUCCGGAUGCAGAGCCAUUCAACCCCAAGCGCACCACGCGAUCCACCAAGAGAGCUGCUGGGCCAGGCGCAUCCAAGUCCAGCAAGGUGGAAAACGUCUUGCUGCGAGCACUCGGCCUCGUCCCUGAAGACAUGGUGGUUGAUGACGAGGCAGUUAAGGAGCUUCAGGAUUUGUUCGACUCACCACUCCGCGAACAGCACGUGAGGGUCAUUGCCGCGCUCUUCGGCAAGUGCGUCCCCAACAAUAUCGACCUCACCGGUGGUUCUGAAGUUGCGGUUGGUGUGCUCUGAGCGCGCCCGUUGGUGCUGGGGUUGACUGUUUUCUUCAUGGCUCACAACCCACAAAUUGUAUGCUGGAACAUGAGAGGCUUAAACAACCCAGCCAAGAGGAAAGUAGUUAGGGAGUUCUUUGCUUCGUUGAGAGUCAAUAUGGUGUGUCUACAGGAGACCAAGUUGGAGACCGUGG